AUGGCUGCCGAAAGAUCGUUUAACAAACUUUUCUUGAAGGGUCGUCGUCUUGUAAUUCGUUGGGGUCAGCCCCAGGCGCAGAAGUCGGCAGAAGACCGCCCAAUCAACCCAGUUCCAUCGCUUCCGAACCCAUGUCCAGUACCGGAUGAUUUGGCUCCAUCCAGCUCCAAACGGCAGCGUGUGGAUCCUCUGAACAUACCGCUCCCGCCUGUGCCACCGUCGUUCCCUGCUCCAACUAAACUCGUCGUGCCGCCACUGCGACCUCCUCCAACGAGUUCAGCAGUACCCGCAGCUAGUGCAAAUGGCGAUGAGGCGAGCACAUCCAAAAGCUCUGGCAACAUUUACUACCCGAGUCAAGAUCCGCAAAGGCUUGGCGCUAAAGGAGAUGUUAUUGAUGACUAG